CUAACCUGCAAAGUGUCCAUGCAGUAGUCAAAUGUAGCUAGUCAUGUGUAUCAUCAAACUGCUACUGGCUAAGGCAUUUCCCUUCCGUGAGCCUAAAAGCAAGGAUAUCACCCUGGAGAUAAGCAUUGUGAUAAUGUGCGGGCCAAGUCCCCACUCUUGGUGUAGAACCCCUUAGUCAUUGCUCAAGAGGAGUGAGGUGAAUCAUGGACCCUGAAAUCUCUGAACAGGAUGAGGAACAGAAGACGGUCUGUGUUGGCAGAGAAGAGGACAUUAGGAGGUCAGAGAGAAUGACAGCUGUUGUCCAUGGCAGAGAAGUGGUCAUUUUCUACCACAAGGGGGAAUAUCAUGCAAUGGACAUUCGCUGCUACCAUUCUGGAGGACCCUUGCACUUGGGAGAAAUUGAGGAUUUCAAUGGACAAUCAUGUAUAGUUUGCCCAUGGCAUAAAUACAAAAUCACUUUGACAACAGGAGAAGGAUUAUACCAGUCUAUAGAUCCUAAAGACCCAUCAGCAAAACCCAAGUGGUGCUCCAAAGGAGUAAAGCAAAGGAUUCACAUUGUGACGGUGAAGAAUGGCAACAUUUAUGUGACGCUUUCUAAGGAACCUUUCAAAUGUGACUCUGAUUAUUAUGCCACUGGAGAAUUCAAAGUGAUUCAGAGUUCUUCCUGAUAAAACAUGUACAGCAGCCAAAAAAUGUGUGUAUGUUUGAAAAUAUUUUAAAAGUAGUUUUGUUUCAGUACCAAAGAUGGAUUUUUUUUUCCAUCAUAGGAGCGUGUGUCUUGUCAGGGGCUGAAGAGAUGGCCAGAAGCUAAGAGUUCUCGCUGCUUUUUCAGAGCACCUGAGUUCAGUUCCUAGGGCUCGGAUCAAGUGGCUCAAAGUCCCCUGUGAUCUGUGACUCUCACUCUUAAGGAUCUGAUGCCCUCUUCUGGUCUCUGUGGACACCUGCACACACAAGUCAUUUACCAUAAAUAAAAAUAAAAGCAGAUGUUUUUUAAAGUGUUAAAUUUGAGAAGUUUAAAAACACAUUUACUUUAGUAUGGUUUCAGGGCCCCACCCAGGUCAAUAGAAUACAUUCCAUCUUUCUCAGGACUGAUUGGAAUCUGUACAUUAUAGGCUGGACAUGAUCAGUUUAAGAAGCAUGCAGUUAACUCAGAGAAAAUACAGUUGAUAAACAGACUAAGCAGAAACUUAACAGGAAAAGUGUAAAUUGGUAAAGACACGUUUUCCCAAUCACAUUGUGUUUUGUUUUGGAAAGUUUUCAUAAUUCAAAGUUUCUUGCUUCAACAGUCCCCAGCAGUCCUCUGUUCCUCUUGCAUUGCUGUGCCCACAGACUGUUGACUGCUUGUAUUUAAUUAUGGUUUUUACAAUUUUAAAGGUAAAAUUUAAACACACUGAGAUCCUUGAAUUUUAGUUGUAUUAUAUACUUUUGCUUACAAAUGUUUAGCACAUGUCUUACAUGUUAAAACUGCUACCAAAAAAAUGAGGUCAAUGUUUAUUUUGAACUUAAAAAUGAGAAACUCAAAGCUAGUUGUGGUGGUACACACCUCUAAUCCCAGCAUUCUGAGGCAGAGGUAGAAGGAUCUCUGUGAGUUACAGGCUAACCUAGUUUACAUAGUGAGGGUCUAUCAAGAAGGGGACUGAGGAGUACGAGAGGCAAAGACCCAGUAAAACUUAGCUUGCCCUGUCUCUUAUACCUUAGCAAAGACAGAUGUAAAGUCGCCUGUUCAAUGAACCAAAGAAGUUUACCUAAAUGAAACUUUCAAGUAAAAGUUUAAAAGAGUUUUAGAGAACAUUGUGUAUGUGUACAGUUUCCCAUAAAUGUGUAGAUAGCAGAGAUAUAUUUUGUUCCUCAGAGUUUACAAGCAGGAUAGAUAUUCGCUUGUUAACACCCUGUUUAAACCAUCAGUUAGUUGUGACCAGUACUGUUCUAGCUGCCUGGGACCCACAUCAUACUUUUUAUUCAGGAUUUAGAGCAACACCCUGGGUAUCUGUCAUGUAGAACUUAGCAACUCAGUAAAAUAUAGGCGUAAACAGGGCCAGAAAGGAUAUGUAGGCUAUGAAUUCAGCAUGAAGACUGUUAAAAAUAAAAUCAAAUCUCAAAACACGAAUUUUCAUGAUGUGGGAUGAAUUAAGUACUUAACAUUUCAAAGGAUUGUACCUGGGCUCUUGAUUUGUUGUAAAGAUCAGUGAAAGACCUAGAGAGAUGGAUUGGGGGUGCAGUGCACACUACUUCUUCUGAGAGGACUGUUGCUUUGGAUCCCAGAACCCACAUUAGUGACUUACAUGUGCUUGCACCAUUUGCUGUACAUUCCCUUUUCUUUGGGGAUAUGGGUUACAUGACAGAAAGUAUUUGUUACUUGUUUCUAAAAUGCUAAUAAGCCAGGCUUGGACUUUCUCCACAGUGUUUUACAUCAGCAGUUAGUCACGCAUGGGGUUCAGAAAUGUGUCAUCUCUGAGGGGAAUUCAUACCAGCCUAGUAGUUCUUAAAUGGGUACAAAAUCUUAUCAUGCAUUAAAAUGUAAAGUCAUUCCCCUUUAGGCAAAAACUAGGACCUUGGUUUAUAGAGCCAAGAAUAGCAGCCUUUCGUAAGGAGCCAGUGGCAGUGAUGACUGUGGACUGGGUUUCCUCUUCUUAAUCUAUGUCUUUAAAUUUGAAAAUUAAAGUGGUCCUGUAGUCCUGGCUUCUCAGGGGGCCGAGGAAGAAGGAUUAUUUGACCCAGGAAUUCAAAGUUAAAAUGAGGAUAUAGCCAAACUCCAAUAUUAAAGAACAACCCCCACCUUAUUGCGUCCUGUCCUAACAUACAGAAAUCUCAUCAGAUUUGCAAGUAACGUUUUGUUUUACAAAUUUAUGGUAUGUAUAAAUGUUAAGUCCUUCAUAACUUCCCAAGUCAGUUACAAAGUCAUCAGCAGGGAGACUCAGCUCAACAGCCUGCAAAUAGAAAUAUACUUUUACUAUUUCUGAAGAUGAUGUGUAGCAUUUUUUUUAAAGUUUUUGUCUGCCUGUAUAUAUGUGCAUCACACUCACCUGGUGCCAGCAGAAGCCAGAAGAGAGGGUUAGAUCCCCAGUGACUGCAGUUACAAAGAGUUGUGAGCUACCUUGAGGAUGCUAAGAACCAAAUCUUGGUUCUCUGUAAGAGUACCAAGUACUCUUAACCAUUGGGCCAUCUCUCCAGCCCCAACAUGCAUAACAUUUUGCAUUUCCGGAUGAACAUUCAAAAAACUUCUUAAAUAAAAAUAUAAAUGAAUUUUGAACACAUCCAUAUUAUAAACACUGUGUAAGUUCUAACACAACAAAAUAUGAAUUCUCUUAUUAAAAUUACUGUAUAGUCAGGGCUGGGAAGAGCUCAGUAAUUAAAAGAUGGUCUGCUCUUCCAGAGGAUUUGGUUCAGUUGCCAGUAUCCAUGCCCUCAGAGUUCUGAUACUCUCCUCUGGCCUGUACAGAUACCUGUAUAUGUAGGAAAACAAAAAUUAAAAAACACUGGGUAGUCAUACAUAUAUUGUACAUCAAGAUUCAUUUUAUUUUCUAUUUCAUUUAAAUACCAGAGAAUGAUGUCAUAGUUUCCCUACUGUGUCCCAUCUUAAAAGAGCAUUCAGCUUACAUAAAUUGGUAUGUCUGAUGAAAUUUACCUGUGGAUAGGUAACUAUUGAGCUCUCUAAAGUGGUAUUUUUGUCCAUAUUUCUCAUUCAUUUAAUUCAGCCGAUUGGUCAAAUACAGAAUGUAGAACUUGGAUCUUGUUGCUCUGCUUGCUGGCAGGAGGCUUGGGUUGAUCUGAGAGGUGGUCUGGCUUCUCUGGCAGCGACCUGUAAGGUUUCGCUUUGAUUUCACCUUCAGAAAACAUGGGCUCCGAGAGCACGGGUUCAGAGAAGGCUUUUCUAAAAUUCUUGCUCUCUCUAUUUUGCCUUAUGGAUUCUUCUUCUUGGAAAAUGUUCUUUAUCUUUGCCAGCACAGCAUUAACACAGACUGCCUGUACCAAAAUCCAAAGCAAAAUGAAACAGAAAUGUUGAAAAAUAAUGUUUCCCUUUAAGGUACUAACAACCACAGACAAAAAGUAACAUGUCUAAUAUAGUCAAUCUACAUGUUCUAAUUUAAAAAGCCCUUCCUUUGAGGAAACCCUGACUCAUGGCAAGUGAUAGAUCGAUUCCUUAUCCUAAAUAUGGAAAGGCAUUUAAAUAAAACAUGCAUAAAAAUAACUUCAGAAGUGAGAAAUACAACAAGUUUAAUCUUAACUUACUCCUCAUCACUAAUGACGUCGAUGAUGGAGCCAAGGAGUGAAAGACAACAACCAUUCCCGGAAGCUAAACGGAACAACACUAGUUUGCCUUGCAGAAGAACCGCCUCAAGUCGACAUGAAGACAGCAAACAUUCAGGGCUUUCUUUCUCUCCUUCAGAUUUCAAAGCACUUUACUUUUCUCACAGAACUCUUAUUAUUACAGCACAUGGCUUAUAUACUGUUACAUUGCUGUAUCACAAUGAUACUUUACCCUCUUUCCAUCCUCAUACCAGUCCCCAGCCCGUCCCUCGUAGUCCUUCCACUAGCUUAUGCCUUUUUAAAAAUCAUUCUGGUUUCCACACAAUGAGACAAAACACACUAUACUUUUCUUUCUACGUCUUUUGUCUUCUCCUAAAUGACCUCAAAUUCCAUUCUUUUAAUCUUUUUCCCAAAUGUUAUAAUUUCAUUUCAUAGGUUUCCUUUGCAUUGAUCUAGAUGAUGAUAUUUUUGUCUUAAUUCUAUUUAAUACUGAAUUAAAUAUUGGUUUACAAAUAUAGAUCUAUCCUAGCAUCCCUGAGAUGAAACUGACAAUUAUGAUGAUGUUUUAACAUAUAUUUCUGAGUUCAAUUUGCAAGUACCUUAUUAAGGAUUUAUUCACCUAAUUAGUUUCAAAGAUGAUCAAGUAUUAUCAAAGAUUAUAUUGGCCUAUAAUUUUUUUCUUCCCUUUUCUUACUUUCUCGUUUUUUAGAUUUGUAAACCUUGUAUUAAUGGCUUAAAAUGUUUUGAAAAAUAGUGUUUUGUGUGUUGAUUAAAAGAAUGUGUGUUUUGCUACUGUUGUAUGGAAUAUUGUGUAGACAUUUAUUAAAUCAUUGACCCUUAGUGUAUUUAACUCUAUAAUGUUUCUUUGUCCAUAUUUUUGUCAUGAUGGUCUGUGUGCUGGUGAGAGCAGGGAUACUGAAGUCACCAACUAGGAUUGACACAAUGGUAUUGUAGUCUUAGCUCUUCCUGUAUGCUGUGCAGGACUUGUUUAAUGAGUAAUCCAGUCUUCAAUGUAUAUAGAUUUAAAACGAUUACAUCUCCUCAAUGGACUGUUCCUCUUAUAGUUUGGAUGUAAAAUGUUCUCCAUAGGCUCAUGGGCUGAAGGCUUGGUCCCAGAUAUGGACCUAUUUUGGGAGGUGCUAGUAAUUUUAGAUGAUGGGUACUUCCUAUAAUCAUUAUUUCGUUGGAGGUAUAUUCUAGGGGUUAUAUCUUGCCUUGUCCACAUCUCCUUCCCCUGCUUCUUCUCUGUCAUUAAAUAAUAAGCUUCUGCCACCUGCCUCCACUGUCAUGCUUUGCUCCAAUGUGAGAGCUGUGGAGAAAGCUGGCCUUUGCUGAACGUUCUCACACUGUGAGCCAAAAUCAACCUUUCCUUCUUUAAAAUGGUUUCUUUCAGUUACUUGUUUCAGUGAUGAAAAGCUGCCUAGUACAAUUCCUUUUGCUGAUAUAUAGUGACCUUGUUUUUUAUAUUUUCUGAACAUUUUGUCUUUAUGUCUCCUGCUUGGUUUCUGAUUUAAUUGUCUAGAGUAUAAUUUUCUGAUAUUUCGUUUUUAGUUUUUGUAUGACUAUGUGAUGGAUGUGAGUUUCUUGCAGCCAGCAUUUCUUGUAUCUUGUUUUAAAAUCCAAUAAAUCAUUUUGAAAUUUU